AAGGGAAGGAGAAGAAACAUUCAAACAGAAGCAAAAGACUUUGUCACCACCGAGGCUAAAUAAAAGCACUGAAACGAUGAAACCGGAAGCAAAAGUAGUUGUGGCGGCUAAGGAGAAAAGGGCAAAGGAAAGAAAAAUACCAGAAGAGGUGAAGUUCUCGGACCCUCGUCGGACGGCAGUUCCUCCUCCAUUGAAGCUUGAGUCUGAGGAGUCAGACAAGACCUCCAACUGUUUGACUCUGUGGCAGGUAAGCCAUCUGUUCAGUGCCUAAGCCCUAGCUAGCUAGCUAAGUACUACUGUUUGGUCGUUAAUUAGGACAUUUUGUGGAGAAGAAAUUGAUGUUUUUGUGAAAAAUGAACAUGAUUUUGAGCGCCCUGUAGUGUAAAAGUUGUUCUGCUUGUUGAAACUGCUCUGUACAUGUUAACCUGUUGAAUUGAAACCGUAUAAAGUUUUUAACUGAAA